AUGGUACGAUGGAGUGUCUUCAGAAGAAGGAGGAAUGGAAAUGAAACAGAUGCUAUUCAAGAAGAACACAUAGAUCGUUCGGAGAGUGUGGGAAGUCUCAAUUCGGCUUCGGAUGAUCGUGUAAUUGAGGAAUAUGACCCCUAUGAUAACGACUCUUUGAGGGAGAUGAUUCGACUGAUUGCAGAAAGGCGAAGAGAAAUAGGAGUGAGCGCAAGCGAACCGGAAGAAGAUCGUCGAGAUGGUGUCGAAGAAGCAACAACCAGAGCUUACCGUCCGGCAAAUACGUUUCCAGUUGAUCAAAGGCCCGUAACGAUGAGAUUUUGGGAUGCCAUUGGGGCUACGGUAUUUCCUAUUUUGCUUGUCCGAAUUAUCAAAGAAUUGUUUUCAGUCACUGUAUUUUCCUCAGACAUUAUCAGAGAUACUGAAGAGUUUUUCAAUCUUACAGGUAACGAGGUCAUCACCAAAUUUAGUACAGCUAGUCCCGUGGACACAACCUCAAAUAAAUCUCAGCGUGUAACAACGUCAUUGAUUCUCAAAUUUUAUAGGAUAUUCAUAUCUGAAAUGUCCUUUUUAAACGCUGAUUCUGGGUUUUUGAGAUUGCUGACUAUAUCCACAUUUUACACAUAUACAGCGUUAGCAUCGAUGUUUAUGGUAACAGCAGUUGUAUUCCUUCUUGCCUGUUCCAGUUUCACAAUUGGUAGGAGGUUGCAUCUACUACAAACUUUGGCGAAAAACCUCUUUACGCAUGAAACUGGUGUUUUUUAG